UGUUCGCGCAAACGGGAGAAUCUGAUCCAGACACCACGUGUGAGUCACGACGACGCAAUUGAGGUUCGGAGAAGUAAGGGGUGAUGUAAUUUCUACUUGCCUAUGAAUGAAACUGCAUCCAGAAGGGAUGCUCGGCCCACUCUCCGCUGAUUCGUUCAGGGCGAACAUACCUGCCGGCGCAGUUUGGCGCCAUGUCGACGGACCGCUCCAGGAACCAGAGCUCAGACACGCCUGCGCUCCGCAGAUAGCCGCGGAUCUUGCCGUAGUUCAGCGCGACAGCGUGUGGUCCGUGACUAUCGUCGGAGAGUGUCAGACGCCCCCCACUCGCCACAAUGAUCUAUGCGUGACAGCUGUGGCUACGGGUCCAGAGAGCGUUCAUUAAUCAGCACGCACCUCCAGAAUGUCCCUCCCGGGGUAUGGUGUCUCCCAGUUCUUCCGCAGGGCAGCCGCAUUGACCUCGAACAGCGCGCCGUAUUCAAUGGCAUACAUGAUAUUGCGGCGCGCGCGAUCGAGCACUUCGGGAAACUCCGAAAAACUCAACGAAGGAGUGUAGAGCCGGCACAGAUCGAAGUGGCCCACGACCUCGGGUUUGAAGCGCUUCAGAAGCUCGAACUGGGAAUCGAAGUACGCAAUGAGGAAGGCCUCGUCCUUGCCCCUGGCACCGGCACUGGCUCCAGGACUCAGAUCCUCGGCUCUACGACCAUCGCCACCACCACCAUCGAAGCUGUCGACCGCCUUGCGGAAAGUCGCCUGGUCGAAAUCGAUCGGAAUGGCGUUCACGUGGUGCACGGAUCCAACGAGAUACUCCACGCGCGGGUGGUGUUUCCGCAAAAGGUCCUCGAGGCCCGUCACGUCGUCGCGCGUGAUGUACUCCGUCUCCAGCCCGACCAGCAGCGUGAUCUGCUCCGCGUACUUCGUUUUCAGCCGGUGCGCCUCGUCCAGGAAGCGCGUGAACUGGAGCAUGAGGUCUGCGGGCUCGAUCCCUUGCUACAUCGCGUCGGUAGUUGGUAUGAGAGGCAGCAGAGAGGACAGGGGCGGCACCUCCUCGGGGUACAGGUCUUCG